UCUUCUAUGGGGAAGGAAAGGCUGGUGUUGGUCUUAAAUAACUUUGUGCUCAGUCGUCAUUCAGCACAAUCUAGUAUGCAUACCGUAAAAGAUAUUGUGCAUUACAUUGGCCAACUUUGAUUGUCUUGACUGAACUGACCAUGAUCCUGAGUCACACACCGCUGGAACUGUUUGGACUUUGAUGUUUUGAUUUACAAUCUGACUAAAAAAUAUGGUUCUUUUCAAUUUAUGUUCAUAUCAUGCUGCCUUGGUUUCAUUUAACCUCUACAAGGAUUCAAACAGGAAAUAAGUUACCAUUCAUGAUGAGCCUUAUUCGUGUAAUGCCAGCCAUGUUCUGGCGUGGUAUCAGCACAUCUGGUAGCUUGGGCAACAUCAAAGCAAUAGUGUCAGCGAGGCAACAAGCCAAGAUGAUGAACAAGUUUUUGGCUGCAGCUAAGAAAAAGGAAAGGCAGCUGCUGACGCCACUGUCCGUGGACGGCUCGGAGGGCGCCGAGGCGGACGCUGGCGUUGGCGCCGGCAGCGUGCGCGUGCGGCCGCUGCGCGCCGCCAGCGCCAAGCACCGGCACCGUCUGGAGGCGCUGAGUGCCAUCUACCUGGCGCGCGUCACCGAGCUGCUGAGCACGGGAGAAGUGCUGCCCGGCCUGCUGGACGACGGUGUCCUCAUCAGCAAGGUGCAGCUGUCUGGCAACAUGCGGCUGGUGUACGUGUUCUGGACGGCGCCGGCCAGCGCGGACGAGCGAGCCCUGGCCGAACGGCUGGAGGCCUCCUCCCGAGACGUGCGGGACGCGCUCACCCAGCAGCGCGUCACCGGCCACGUGCCUGGCGUCAAGUUCGUGCGCGACUCUGACAACACGGCGCUGCUGGAGGUGGAGCGGCAGUUGGCACUGGCUGACUUUGGACCGGACUUCGUGCCGACCGACCCGACCCACUUCGUCAAACGCCAGGGCGUGCUGGGCCGACCACUGUCCACCAGCCAUACGGCGGACCUGCUGAGCGGGAACCGCGCGCCCGCAGCCGGGCCGGGUGAGCCGGAGCCGCCCGAGAUGCCGCACUCGACGGGCGGUCUGAACCACGCCGCCAUCCUGGCAGAGGUCCAGCGGCGCAUCCAGCGGUCGACGGCGCCGCACCGCCAGGUCGCCGUGUACCCGGAGGCGGUGACGCCGGCGCCGCCACCGGCGCCCGGCAGCGAGCUCGACGAGCAGGCCUCGUUCGCCCGCUUCACCCGACAGCAAAAGUGGGCGCGGUUGCGCCGGGGCAGAGUCAAGAAAUCUGUCAGCGUGGAUGAAUGGGCGUUCUUAAAUAGACAAGAUGGUGAAGAGGACGUCGAUGCAGAAGAUCCAGCCGAGAUGCUCCCGGAGGACCGAGAGGACAUGGACCUCACGGGUGAACAGCCCACCCGCUGGUAGAACCCUGCCAGCAUGUAUGCGAUGAACGCCGUUUUGUUACAAUACACAUAACCGUACACUGA